ACUGAAGAAGCUCCAGAGAGCCCUUACCAGGCCAGCCUGAACCCCGCCCAGCACCACCCCUCCUCCAGGAAACACACUGCGACACGGGUGGCCCCUCCUGAUGACUUGGUGCGGUCCAGGGCCCCCCCUCCUGAUGACUUGGUGCGGUCCAGGGCCCCCCCUCCAGAAGCAGUGGUCCAGUCCGAUGCGCCUAACUCAGAAAGCCCCUCCCACAACAUCAAGGACAUGAUCAAACAGUACCAACACCCAUCUGACCCUGCACCCAGCCACCCUGCACAAACACACAGACCGCCUCGGGAACCAAAGGAAGAGGGUGGAUCCAAAGUCACCAAGGCAACAAAACCCCGCCCACCUGCCCUAGCCGACUCCCACAGCAGCCCCCUCCCCCCACCAGUGUCCAGAGAGUUGCCUGUAGAGGAAGAGACCAGCCAGACCCAGCUACACCACAGGAGCAGUGAAGAACACUACACUUACACUAACACACCCUGGAAGAUUUACCUGAGGAAAGAGGUGUUCUACCCUAAAGACAACUUCAACACUCCUCUGUUGCUGGAGCUACUGUUCAGACAGAUAGUCCACGACACCUUCUCAGAGGCCUGCAUCCGCAUCACUCAGGAGGAGAGGGCCAAGAUGAAGGCUCUGUUCGGUACCAACCAUUAGAACCACCACAAAACACCAUCAAAAUGAAACAAAACACCAUCAACCCACCACACAACACCACAACCCACCA